AAAAAAUGGAGACGCGAAUUGGAAUAUAAAUAGAGGCGCGCCGCGGUCAAGUGCUACCAUCCAAAUCGAAUCCCCGAAAGCGUUACUACCUUCCUCUCCAGAUACUGGCAAAUUAUUUUCUUUACAAAUCAUUCGCAGCUAGCUUAGCUCGCUUUGCUUGUAGUGGCGACUUGUGAGGCGGAGGAGGAAGGAGAUCGAGGCUAGGGAGAUGGCGUCGUUGAAGUCGCCGGUGGCGGCGGAGGAGCAGGCGGCGACGGCGGCGGCGGCGGCGGCGAAGGGGGAAGGGGAGAGGUGCCCGGUGGAGGAGGUGGCGCUGGUGGUGCCGGAGACCGACGACCCGACGACGCCGGUGAUGACAUUCCGGGCGUGGACGCUGGGGCUCGCGUCCUGCGUCGUGCUCAUCUUCCUCAACACCUUCUUCACCUACCGCACGCAGCCGCUCACCAUCUCGGGGAUCCUGGCCCAGAUCCUGGUGCUCCCCGCGGGGCAGUUCAUGGCCGCCGUGCUGCCCAGCCGCGAGGUGCGCCUCCUCGGCGGCCGCCUCGGCAGCUUCAACCUCAACCCGGGGCCCUUCAACAUCAAGGAGCACGUCAUCAUCACCAUCUUCGCCAACUGCGGCGUCUCCUAUGGCGGCGGCGACGCCUACUCCAUCGGCGCCAUCACCGUCAUGAAGGCCUACUACAAGCAGUCCCUCAGCUUCCUCUGCGCCCUCCUCAUCGUCCUCACCACACAGAUACUGGGCUAUGGUUGGGCCGGGAUGCUGAGGAGGUACCUGGUUGACCCGGCUGACAUGUGGUGGCCAUCGAAUUUAGCCCAGGUCUCACUCUUCAGGGCGUUGCACGAGAAGGAGGGCGGCGAUGGCGGGAAGGGGUCGUCGUCGAGGGGGCCUACACGGAUGCGCUUCUUCCUCAUCUUCUUCUUCGCGAGCUUCGCCUACUACGCGCUGCCGGGCUACCUGCUCCCCAUCCUGACCUUCUUCUCGUGGGCGUGCUGGGCGUGGCCGCACAGCAUCACGGCGCAGCAGGUGGGCUCCGGCUACCACGGCCUCGGCGUCGGCGCCUUCACACUGGACUGGGCCGGCAUCUCGGCGUACCACGGGAGCCCGCUGGUGGCGCCGUGGUCGUCCAUCGCCAACACCGCCGCGGGCUUCGUCAUGUUCAUCUACCUCAUCGUGCCGCUCUGCUACUGGAAGUUCGACACGUUCGACGCGAGGAAGUUCCCAAUCUUCUCCAACCAGCUGUUCACGGCGUCCGGGCAGAAGUACGACACCACCAAGGUGCUCACGAGGGAGUUCGACCUCAACGUGGCGGCGUACGAGAGCUACGGGAAGCUGUACCUGAGCCCGCUGUUCGCCAUCUCCAUCGGGUCCGGGUUCCUGAGGUUCACGGCGACGAUCGUGCACGUGGCGCUGUUCCACGGCGGGGACAUCUGGAGGCAGAGCAGGUCGGCGAUGAGCUCCGCGGCGGCGAAGAUGGACGUGCACGCGAAGCUGAUGCGGCGGUACAAGCAGGUGCCGCAGUGGUGGUUCCUCGUGCUGCUCGUCGGCAGCGUCGCCGUGUCGCUGGUCAUGUCGUUCGUGUACAGGGAGGAGGUGCAGCUGCCGUGGUGGGGGAUGCUCUUCGCCUUCGCCCUCGCCUUCGUCGUCACCCUCCCCAUCGGCGUCAUCCAGGCCACCACCAACCAGCAACCGGGGUACGACAUCAUCGCGCAGUUCAUGAUCGGGUACGCGCUGCCGGGGAAGCCGAUCGCGAACCUGCUGUUCAAGAUCUACGGGAGGAUCAGCACGGUGCACGCGCUGUCGUUCCUCGCGGACCUCAAGCUGGGGCACUACAUGAAGAUCCCGCCGCGGUGCAUGUACACGGCGCAGCUGGUGGGCACGGUGGUCGCCGGCGUGGUGAACCUGGCGGUGGCGUGGUGGAUGCUGGGCAGCAUCGACAACAUCUGCGACGUGGAGGCGCUGCACCCGGACAGCCCGUGGACGUGCCCCAAGUACCGGGUCACGUUCGACGCGUCGGUGAUCUGGGGGCUCAUCGGCCCCGCCCGGCUGUUCGGCCGCCACGGCCUGUACCGCAACCUGGUGUGGCUGUUCCUCGCCGGCGCCGUGCUGCCCGUGCCGGUGUGGCUGCUCAGCAGGGCGUUCCCGGAGAAGAAGUGGAUCGCGCUCAUCAACGUCCCCGUCAUCUCCUACGGGUUCGCCGGGAUGCCGCCGGCGACGCCGACCAACAUCGCGAGCUGGCUCGUCACGGGCACCAUCUUCAACUACUUCGUGUUCAAGUACCGCAAGGGGUGGUGGCAGAAGUACAACUACGUGCUGUCGGCGGCGCUCGACGCCGGCACGGCCUUCAUGGGGGUGCUCAUCUUCUUCGCCCUGCAGAACGCCCACCAUGAGCUCAAGUGGUGGGGCACGGCGGUCGACCACUGCCCGCUCGCCUCCUGCCCCACCGCGCCGGGGAUCGCCGUCAAGGGAUGCCCGGUGUUCUGAGCUCGCCGGCCGGAGCUGCACACGGUGGUGUAUGUAGGUAGCAAGAAUUUGGGUUUGGAUUGGGGAAAAACCAUGAAUUCAGCCUGGUGUCAGUUAACUGAUACAGUCCUAAUAGUUGUCAGCUGUUACCUCCCGUGUGAUGAGUGUAACAAAUUGGCUUCCUGCAAGGAAAUGAUAUAGUAGCUAGUAGUUCAUAUAAGAUCAUGCCAUUCUGGAAUAUGCUGAAACAGAGAUGUGAUGGUAGUUAAUCAUCAGAGAAUCCGCAAUUACGGAGCAAAGAUGAAAAAUGUAAAAGCACACCAUUGACAGAAGCAGAGUGAUAGAAACUGAAGUUGCACUCA